AUGGCGGCGGCUGGUUCGGGUCCCGCCUGGGCUCCUCCUCCUCCUGCUCCUGCUGGGCUGCUGGUGCUGGGCCCCCCCGCCUCGGGCCGCUCGGCGCUGCUCUUCCGCGCCGCCCUGUCCGCCCCCCCGGGCCGCCGCGUCCUCUUCGUGGCCCCCCGGCCCUUCCAGCGCCUGCCCGGGGCGGGGGCGCCGCCCGCCAACAGCGCCAACACCAGCCUCCAGAGAAUCCAGUUCUUGUACCCAACAUCCCUCCGGGAACUGCUUCAGCUUCUGGCCUCCUUGCACGAAACGUGGCCUGGCAGCCCUUCUCUGAUGGUGCUGGACAGCUUGGAGGAAUACCUGGCCGGUUGCCCUGGCCCUCACCUGGCCGCCCAGCUCGCAGCCUUGCUGCUGGACACAGCCAGCCACUUCAGCCAGAAGCGCCAUAUAGAGCCUGCAGGCUGCCAGCUCAUCGUCUCUGCGAGGUUCCCGGUGGAAGGUGGAGACGGAGCGGAGCAGCUCUCGGCCAUCCAGCGCUACUUCCCGGCCCGAUGCUGGCUGCACCUGGAGACGCAGGAGAGCGGGGGCUCCAACGGCCAGGGGGCUACCAAGGUGGUCAGAGCAUGCCUCUCCCAGCCGGGGACCGAAGAUCAGAUGUGGCAGCUGACAUUUGAGCCACGGGAGGAGAUGAAGAUUUCUCCACUUCUGUGCCAAAGGGAGGGGGUGGGGUCGUCUUCAGUGGGCCACGGACCACCCGCCACUGAUGCUCACCGCAUCGUGCCGUCUCUGUUCUGGACCUCUGGGGGUCCUUAG